UUUCUGCCGUCUGAGAUUCUGUAAAUGAGUGCUGAUUCUCAGCAGCGCCUCGGUGUCUCCAAUGAUUCCACUCACAGCUGACUGGAACAGUUCUGACAGAACCAAAGCAGAUCACUGACAGGCGGUUCUGUUUUCCCGGACGGGAGCUGGAUGGAGGUAGACCGGGGGGCCAUGGAGUGCGCUGUGGACGCGCAGAGCCUGAUCUCCAUCUCCUUAAUGAAGAUCCACAACUCCAGGACGCAAAGAGGAGGCAUCAAGCUGCACAAGAACCUGCUGGUCUCCUACGUGCUGAGGAACGCGCGGCAGGUCUACAUCAAGGAGAAGUAUGCGGAGAUCUACAGGAUGCAGCAGUAUGAGGAGGUGAUGGCGGUCUGCAACGAGAUCCAGGAGCUGGACCCGCUGGACCUGGGCGCGGAGGACGGGGACGAGGAGGAGCAGGGACGGGCUCCGUGCUGCGGAGAGGAGAGCCGGACGGCGAGCAGCAGAGAGCCGGAGCAGCAGUACUACCGGAGCUGCUGCAUGGAGGCUCCUCCGGGCUCCCCCUGCGACCAGUUCGUCCAGAACAGCAGCACCCACUGCAACAAAACCACCGUGCUGGACCUGGACACGCAUGUGGUGACCACGGUGGAGAACGGCUUCCUGCACCAGGACUGCUGCUGCGCCGCGCCGCAGUGCGCACCGGGCGCACCGGGGGCAGCGGCCAGGAAGCGGAAGGUAGACUUCGGUUGUUGCGCCCUGGACUCGGAGGAGCUGUCGGACUUCACGGUGGGUCGCAAGCGGUUGAAACGGGAGGACUGCUCUAGCCCGGACUGUAACCCGGACUACACGGACACGUCCAACAUCUCCAACCUGAUCUCCAUCUUCGGCUCCGGCUUCUCCGGGCUGCUGAGCCGGCAGGCAGACCUGGAGCAGGUCUGCAGCAAGCAGGCGCUGGCCAGCCUCGGAGCCUGGACCCGGGCCAUCGUGGCGUUCUGAACGGCUCCGGGUCGGUUCGCCCCUUUACCAAAUCGUAGCGCUGUUUCGUAUCCGUAAAGAAACCAUUUCGUACCCAUGUGGUUGAAUCAGGGCGAAUGAGUUUAGUCUUAACGUUUGACAAUUAUGAAUAUAAACGGUCAUGCAGUGGUUACAUGUUACUUCUAAUUUAACUGGAAAUUACCAGAAAACUUUCUAUUACACUAUUUCCAUUCAUUUUGGUUCCCAGUUUGAUCCGGCUGUUUCAUGUAAGAUCUGACAGAUUAUGACCCCUGAUUAAACAACUAACUGACCUCCUGCUGAUUUUAGAGUCUGAAAACGAGUUUCUUACAGAAGCGAAUGAGCAGAAUUUCAAACUUAAUAUAGUUUAAAAUUAUUGGUUUUCAAAACGGGGACGAAGUGACGCAUGGUCCGUAUGAGCAGUUCUGUUUCAUACCCAGGUACGAAAUGGCGAUGGGGCGAAAUGACCUGCAGCCGUUCUUGACUCAGACAGUUUUUCUGAUUAAAGGGAGACCGGGCUCAAUUGUUCUGUGUGGGAAUAUUUCUGAACCUGUUCCUGUUUACGCACCUGGCAGUUAGGACGGGAGGGGGUUGGUUUCAUUUUGCACAUCCAGGAGGCUGAAGUUGUUCCUCAGACAUAGCUCUACCAGAGGGUUCUCCAGAAAAUGGGAACUUUUUCCUUUGCACACAUACAGCUGUGCAGAAAAUCUGAGUUAGGUCCCACUUAUCUGCUCACAGAUGCACACGUCUGCAGAACCCAGGCUAAAACAGCAAAACAAAUCAAAUAAGGUGUCCGGUUUGAUGUUUUUAGAGGAUUUCAGGCCGCUGUCUCCUGUUUCAGCCAUCUUCACACCUGAUGUCAACAGCUGUGAUGCAGUCCUGUGUGAGAGUUGGACUGAUGCAAGAUUUUACCUCAGAGCACACGUGUCUUAAAAUAAACAUGAACAGGAGGGACAUGCGUGUCGUUCAGAGCUUAUUGGAGGAAAUGUAGGCAAUGCAGAUGAGCCCGGCCUCCUCCUUCAGAGUCAAAAUCCAGACAAACAGAGCAGAUCUGUGCAGAAGGAGCAGAACAUGUUGGUGCCAUAUCUGCAGACCUGGAUCUGAGGGAUGGGUGGACUUCUGUUGCCUUAAACCUGAUGCACAUUACUGCUAGCUCCGAUGGAAUUGACUGAAUGUUCUGCUGUCCACUUUGAGAUGAGUUUAAGCAGUUUAUCAGCAUGUUAAUGAGAAACAGACUCUGGAUCAGCUCUGUACCUCGUCUGUGAUCACAAGCUUUCUUUUCCUUUCAGUUAUUGUCGCCAUUGUUUAUUACUCCAGCUUGGUUUUGUGAGUUUAAACUUUGUAAAAAAAAAAGAUCGAUCAUAGUCCUUUUGUUUUAAAAAGGGAAGCUCCUGAUUUCAGCCAUAACCCCGAGGAUCCAUGUGUUAGCUUUACGAGCACUAUGUGUACCAAAAUAAAGAGAGUAUUCAGCCAUUCUCGACAUAUUUUCUUUGUUAUUCUUGUAUUUUUGUGCUUAAUAAAUUGUAUAUCUCCGGGUGAAACUGUUCGAGAAAGUAUUUGUUAAAAUUUAUAAUCUUAAUAAAAAAUGAAAGUCUUUCAUCUUAA